GCCUAUCACUACAUCCUUCCGCAGACGUCGCCUCCUCAAGGGGUCUGGCUCCGUCUGGGCACCGAUCCGCGCUCAGCUCCUGCUGUCGGUGUCAGAGGACGCUUCGCUGCCCAGAGCGAUUGCCAUCAUCCGCCAGGUCGAAGAGAACCGGAGCGAUGGAAACCCAUGCUUGGACCUUCUUGUGAAGCUGAAGCGUGGACGGUUCCAGGCUGGGUUAAAUGCUCCGCCGCUGCGUCUUGGCAUGGAGGGUGGUGACUGGGCCCCAGCCCCUGAGAAAGUCACGUGCAAUGGCCCCUCGGCGAGCUACAAGGAGCUCUUGUCUACACAGCCAUGCGUGCCAGUAUGGUAUUGCAGUCACUGGUGGGGAGAGUCGAUCUUCGACUUCGUUGCUGGUUGCCGGCGCCACGCAGAAGUUCGGCACCUUGUGGCGGAUGCACGGUAUUGGGUGUGUGGCUAUGCCAAUCGCCAGCACGAACUCGAUCAAGAGAUCUCAGUCCAAAUCACGUCCACGUCCUUCUACGCGGCGCUUCAUGAGGCGAAGGGUGUACUCCUGAUCUUGGACCCAAAGGCCACGCCUUUCUCGAGGAUUUGGUGUGACUUCGAGCUCUACACGGCCAUCAUGAGUGGUGACAUGGGGCUCGACAUCGUUACUACCAUUCCGCCGAGACAGGGGAAGGAAGCAGAGACGCGCUUGUUGAGCAAGGACCUGAUCCCGGGCGAAUCAGCAGUGGCCAAGUCGGUCAGGGAGCAGAAUUUCCCCAUCAACCUGCUAGCUCAAGGGCUGGAGGUCGUGCUGGAAAACGGCAUGGCGACCCAGGAGCAGGACAAGGAGGCGAUUCUGAAAGCCAUCGCCGCGGAAAAGUUCGAACCCGGCCCUGGGAAGCCGGAAGUGCCGAACGAACUGCGGGCCAACAUGACCCUGCACUCGACACUUGCCAUCCUGGCAUGGCCACAGGCACAGUGA